AUGGGCAACAGUGAAAGAAUUGUCUUGUUCACAGACAAAAUGCAUGCCUGUCUCCGGCAUAUUGAUGGAAGAAGACAUGUCUGGCACCAGAGGGAGGAUACAGCCUUUGGUGGCGGUAGUGUUAUGGUCUGGGGUGGCAUUACCCUAACCAACAAGACACCGCUUAUACAGAUAAACGGAAAUUUGAAUUCCAUUCAAUAUGUUGCUGAAAUUCUGCGCCCACAUGUUGUACCACAUGCUGCUGCCAUUGGUGAUGGUUUCAUCCUUAUGGAUGAUAACGCCCGCCCUUACAGGGGUAGAGUCGUCACCGAGUUCUUGGCUGGUGCGGCUAUUGAGCAAAUG